UCCCAACCGGCUGCUACUCCCUGCGCACGUCCGGCUAGCUAUGGGCCUUGAGAAGGAUGAAGUUUGCACAGUUUGUCAUGGGACCCGCCGGCUGCGGCAAGAAACCCAGCAUAUGUCGCUGCUGAUGAGCGCGCGGAAGCCGGUUCCGGCGUCGAGGUCAACGUACUGUGCCAUCAUUCAGGAGCACUUCAAGGUGGCCAUGCGCAGGACCUGCAGGGUUGUGAAUUUGGAUCCUGCGGCCGAGAACUUCGCCUACGACUGUUAUGCAGAUGUACGGGAGCUGAUCUCUGUAGAUGAUGUCAUGGAGGAACUUGACUACGGCCCCAAUGGAGGGCUAGUCUAUGCGAUGGAGUACCUCUCUGAGAACAUGUCUUGGCUGGAGGAGCAAAUAUCAGAUGCUCUCGAUGAUGAUUACUACAUAUUUGACUGCCCCGGGCAGAUCGAGUUAUAUUCGCACUUGCCCGUCAUGCGGGAGAUUGUGGACAUGCUGCAAAAUGAGGACUUCCGGGUGGCUGGUGUCUAUUGCAUAGACGUCAAUUUCAUUGAGGACGCGUCCAAGUUCCUGUCUGGGGCAUUGUCGGCGUUGACUGCCAUGGUGAACCUGGAGCUGCCUCACAUCAACGUCUUGACCAAAUGUGACCUGCUUCCUCCGAAAGCGGAUGUGGAAAGAUAUGUGGACGGUGAUACAGAGGCCAUCCUAGCGGACCUGCGUGCUUCCACGCACCCCAGGUUCCGCAUGCUCAAUGAAGCGUUGGGCCAGAUGCUGGAGGACUACUCCCUGGUCAGCUUCGUGAUGCUGAACCGAGACGACGAGGACUCCAUCGAGCUUUGCGUCUCGCACGUCAAUCACUGCAUCCAGUACGGCGAAAACUUGGAGCCGGAAGGCAACUUCGACCUCCCGGAGAACGACGCGGAUUUGGUGGAUUUCGAUGCGCAAGAUGUGUGAUAUCAAAAGGUUCGUGGCCAAAUUGCACUGCUAUUCCGCAGUUUUGCGAUGUUCUUUGAAAAGCCA